CUGCUUCCCCAGGGCAUGACGCGCCUCCUGCUCACCAAGAUCCCCUUCUUCAGAGAAAUCAUCGUCAGCUCCUUUUCCUGCGAGCACUGCGGCUGGAGCAACACGGAGAUCCAGUCGGCAGGCAGGAUCCAGGACCAGGGAGUGCGCUACACCCUGAUGGUCAGGGCCCCCGAGGACAUGAACAGAGAAGUAGUGAAGACUGACUCGGCCACCACAAGGAUUCCAGAGUUAGAUUUUGAAAUUCCUGCCUUCACUCAGAAGGGAACUUUGACCACUGUUGAAGGAUUGAUCAGCCGUGCCAUCUCUGGCCUGGAGCAGGAUCAGCCCACACGAAGGGCAAAUAAUGAAGAAGCCAUAGCUAAAAGAAUUGAUGAGUUCAUUGUCAGACUGAAAGAGCUAAAGCACGUGUCCUCGCCUUUCACCCUGAUCAUAGAUGAUCCCUCAGGGAACAGCUUUGUGGAAAACCCACACGCUCCCCAGAAAGAUGAUGGCCUGGUGAUCACACAUUAUAACCGGACUCUACAGCAGGAGGAGAUGCUGGGGCUCCAGGCAGAGGCACCAGAAGAGAAGCCGGAAGAGGAAGAUCUCAGAAAUGAAGUGCUGCAGUUCAACACAAACUGCCCUGAAUGCAAUGCUCCAGCUCAGACCAACAUGAAGCUAGUUCAAAUCCCCCACUUUAAGGAGGUUAUCAUCAUGGCUACCAACUGCGAGUACUGCGGCCAUCGGACCAAUGAAGUGAAGUCUGGAGGAGCAGUAGAGCCCUUGGGCACCAGGAUCAGUCUCCAUAUCACACAUCCCUCAGAUAUGACCAGAGACCUGCUCAAGUCUGAAACAUGUGGUGUGGAAAUCCCGGAACUGGAAUUUGAGCUGGGAAUGGCUGUCCUCGGGGGCAAGUUCACCACACUGGAGGGGCUGCUGAAAGAUAUCCGGGACCUGGUGACCAAGAACCCUUUCACGCUGGGUGACAGUUCCAAUCCUGGCCAGAUGGGCAAACUGCAGGAGUUUAGCCAGAAGUUGGACCAGAUCAUCGAGGGGAAAAUGAAGGCCCACUUUAUUAUGAAUGAUCCAGCAGGAAACAGCUACUUGCAGAAUGUCUAUGCACCUGAAGAUGAUCCUGAGAUGAAGGUGGAACAUUAUAAGCGCACAUUUGACCAAAAUGAGGAGCUAGGGCUCAAUGACAUGAGGACAGAGGGCUAUGAGACAGGCCUGGCCCCACAGCGGUAGCAGUGGGCGGUUUCCCGGCCACCCUCCUGCACUGCUCACACCGCAGGUUUAUUUAUUACUCUUGGAAACGGCUGCGAGUGUCCUCCCCACCAUGGCCUGCCCGUGUGGGGAGGGCACCUGGUCUGAAUCAGAGAUCCUGGCCCACUUUUUAAACAGUUUGUGAUGCAAGUGCAAGCCUGUUGGGUUAUUUGACCUUAUUUUGGAGGUUGUUAAUCAGCUUGGGAAGAGACCUUUUGGAAGCGAACCAUGAGGGAUGUCACUAUCACUUUUCCCAAGUCUUUACCCUCCUUCCACACAGUACUCUCUCCUCUAGAGUUGGAAGUCGGAAGUUGAAGGUGGAGGACAGCUGCAGCCAGAGUUUAGGUGUUUUGGGUGUAUAAAAUACUGACUUUCAGCACUAAGGAAGUCUUCUGAAGGAGGGGGUCCAGCUCAGGUGAAGAGGUUCUCAUUAAAACCAUGGCUUUCAAACAGCA